UUGUAAUAUGAUGAGUUUGGAUCUAGAAAGUCACAUCUUUUCCCUGCAUUUUGGUUCCUGUAAAAAGUUAGUUAUAAAUUAUGUAACUUUUUGAGUAUCUGAGGAGGAAAAAAAAAAAAAAAAAUUUGAUCAUCAAUUCGCUGUGCUGAACAUUAUGGAAAACCUAUGACAGACCACCAAUCAAGUUUGAUACAUAAAAAUAUAAUUAGCUUACUUGAUCUUCAAUGAGUAGUUAAAAAUCAGACAGAAGGAAGCUUUAGAUUCAAUAACUUUUUCAACUAGUGUUUUGUUUGAUGAUUAAUCAAAUGUCUUUUUAUGCUUCCUAUGAUAAGGAAAAAAGGAUUCUCUGUUCUGUCCUUUUUGUUUCCUUGGAAAUUUCGGUUUGUUUUCCUUUUUUUGGAGAUGCAUCUUUUAGUUUCUAGCUUGGUUCAAGUUUAAUUGUUUAUGUGAUUUUAUUAUUAUGUUGUGAGAGCUUACAGUUAAUGACAUUAUAUGUUCGGCUGCGCGGUUUAACACUUUUAUGGAACGGAUUGUUCAGGCAAAAAGGGGAUCCUCAUGGCGGUAAAAAUGACAAGAGAUAGAAGUAUAAAGAAAGGGGGAUAAAAUAAAUUUUAUGAAGAGAGGUGUAGAAACAGACUAUAAGAAGCCAAUCUAUGGAGUCCGGAGAGGAAGUGUUUCGGGAAUUUUCUGCAAAUGGGAUUUUUAUGAAAACAACUGAAGUUGAGGCCAAGCUUGAUGAAGGAAAUAUUCAAGAGGCAGAAUCAUCAUUGCGAGAAGGCUUAUCACUCAAUUUUGAGGAAGCAAGAGCUCUUCUUGGAAAAUUGGAGUAUCAAAGAGGCAAUGUAGAAGGUGCUCUUCGUGUGUUCGAUGGUAUUGACCUCCAAACUGCUAUACAGCGGUUGCAACCUUCUAUUGUGGAAAAGCCACCUUCUAAAAAGGGACGGCCUCGUCCUGAAUCACAACAUGCAGUCUCACAGCAUGCAGCUAGUCUUGUUCUUGAAGCCAUAUACUUAAAAGCCAAGUCUCUUCAAAAGCUUGGGAGAUUAACUGAGGCUGCUGAAGAAUGUGAAAAUGUGCUUAAUGCUGUUGAAAAGAUAUUUCAUCAGGGUAUAUCUGAUGCACAAGUGGAUAACAGAUUGCAAGACACAGUAAGUCAGGCUGUAGAGCUACUUCCAGAGCUUUGGAUGCAAGCUGGUUGCUAUAAUGAAGCAAUAUCUGCUUAUAGACGCUCCCUCCUCCGUCACUGGAACCUUGAUAAUGACUGCUGCACAAGAAUACAGAAAUCUUUCGCAGUGUUUUUACUAUACAGUGGAGUGGAAGCUGGUCCACCUAGUUUGGGUGUCCAGAUAGACAGUUCAUAUGUGCCUAAAAAUAAUCUGGAAGAAGCAAUUCUGCUUUUGAUGAUUCUUAUGAGGAAAGUUAUCCUUGGUAAGACCCAAUGGGAUCCAUCAGUGAUGGAUCACUUAACAUUUGCACUAUCUUUAUGCAAUCAAACUUUCGUUUUAGCAAAGCAAUUUGAGGAGAUAAUGCCUGGACUGUGUCCUCGUGUUGACCGUUGGAAUUCCUUAGCUCUUUGCUAUAGUGGAGCAGGACAAAACAAAGCUGCCUUAAACCUACUGAGGAAGUCUUUGCACAAGCAUGAACUACCUAAUGACCUUAUGGCAUUGUUAUUGGCUGCCAAGAUCUGCAGUGAGGAUUGCUAUAAUGCUUCUGAGGGAGUGGAAUAUGCACGGAGGGCAAUCAGUAAUGCUAAGGGAUUAAAUGAGCAUUUAAAGGGUUUGUCCCUCCGAAUGCUUGGUCUUUGUUUGGGAAAGCAAGCUAAAGUUGCCUCCUCUGACUUUGAGAGGUCUCGUCUUCAGUCUGAAGCAUUGAAAUCAUUAGAUGAGGCAAUUGCUUUAGAGCCAAACAAUUCAGAUUUAGUUUUUGACUUGGGAGUUCAAUAUGCAGAGCACCGAAAUCUGAAUGCUGCUUUGCGCUUUGCAAAGCAAUAUAUUGAUGAGACUGGGGGCUCUUUAUUAAAAGGUUGGAGAUUACUUGCUCUGGUUUUGUCCGCUCAGCAGAGAUUUUCAGAGGCUGAAGUUGUCACUGAUGCUGCUCUAGAUGAGACAGCAAAAUGGGAUCAAGGACCACUUCUCAGGCUCAAAGCAAAGCUGAAGAUCUCCAGAUCAUUACCCAUGGAAGCUAUUGAAACUUAUCGUUAUCUACUUGCUUUGGUUCAGGCCCAAAAGAAAUCUUUUGGACCUUUCAAAGUUAUUCCACAGAUUGAGGAUGAUAAAGUUGAUGAAUAUGAAGUUUGGCAUGGUUUGGCAAAUUUAUACUCUAGCCUUUCACACUGGAAGGAUGCAGAGAUAUGUUUGGCAAAAGCCAGGCAGCUUAAACGGUUCUCAGCGGAAGCACUUCACACAGAAGGUACAAUGUUGGAAGGACGGGGAGACGUUCAAGAUGCUUUAGUUUCUUAUAUAAAUGCCCUUCUAGUAGAACCCUGUUAUGUUCCUUGCAAGAUCUUAAUUGGUGCUUUGAUGUCAAAGAUGAGCCCAAAGGUACUGCCUGUGGCAAGAAGUGUACUUUCAGAUGCAUUAAGGUUGGAUCCUACAAAUCGCAGAGCUUGGUAUUACUUGGGGUUGGUUCACAGGGAUGAUGGACGAAUGGCGGAUGCUACAGACUGCUUCCAGGCAGCUUCCAUGCUCGAAGAAUCUGAUCCCAUCGAGAGCUUCAGCUCUCUUCAUUGACUGCUUCUCUAGGUUGAAAGAUUCAAAUCCAUAUGGUAUCUAUAUACCAUCUGUAUCCAUCAUGUUUCUAACUUUUUUUUUACAGCCAAAACAAAUUUUUUUUUUCUUUUUUUUUUGGUAACCAAUAUAGCAAAAGACUUCAAGUGACGCAUCUGUGAGUGACUUGGAAUCAAUUCCAUGAUUGUGAGAAAGGAACAGAGAAUCAGCUGAAGGGCUACUUUGUUAUUUUAACAUAUUCUAGGAAAAUAAGCAAAGAAAGGCAAUAGAAGCUAACUUCGAGUAUAAAUGGAUGAAUUGAAUGGAACUUAGACUGUGUAAUUGUUUUCCCAUUUUUUUAAUUUUUGGGUGGAUGAAGGGUUCAAGAGGUUUUACCCGUGGAGAAUUGAACAACGUAGUGGUUAAAUUGUGUAAAUAAUUGUUGUUUAGCAGGACAAUUCUUUUGGAAGAGGAAUUAUAUUUAUUUUUUUCAUGUACUUGAAAUCUCAAUUAUUCUGUUUGUGGUGGCGGCAGUAAUAAUAUUUACUUUUUAUAUAUUA